AUGCAUUUACACAGUUUGCAGUCUCUAAAGAUCUCUUCUGUUCCCUGCCUUUCUCAACUUCAUCUCUAUGAGUGUGAUCUGACAAACAGUGACAUCCUGCCACUUUUUCAACUCAUAUCAGCAGCAGGCAGCGUGCAGAAACUUAUCCUGAACGGAAACAAUCUACAAGGCUUGCAGCCGGAAGAGAUCACUGCUGUUCCUUCCUUGGUUGAACUACAUCUCUAUGACUGUGGUCUGACGAAAAUCGACAUUCAGCCAGUUUUCUCUCUCCUGUCAGCAACAGGCAGCGUAAAGACACUUGUUUUUGAAGGAAACCAUUUACAGGGUUUGCAGCCCGAAGAAAUCACUGCUGUUUCCUCCCUGACCGAACUACGUCGCAAUGAGUGUGGUUUAAACAGGCAUGACAUAGACUCACUUUUCACUAUCCUUUCAUCAGCAGGCAGCAUAAAAACACUCACCCUUAAGGGAAACAAAUUAAACGGUUUGCAGUCAGCCACGAUCACUACUUGUCCCUCCCUUUCUGAACUAAAUUUGUGUGAGUGUGGUCUGACAAGCAGUGACAUUAAACCCCUUUUCCGACUCCUGUCGGCUGCAGGCAGGUUAAAGAAACUUGUUCUUAAAGGGGACAAAUUACACGAUAGGAAACCGUCACAGAUCACUGCUGUUCCGUCUCUGUCUGAGCUACAUCUCGAUGAGUGUGGUCUGACAAAUAGUGACAUUAAGCCACUUUUCUCUCUCAUGUCAGCAGCAGGCAGCGUAAAGACACUUGCUCUGAAAGGAAACAAUUUACACGGUUUGCAGCCCAAAGGAAUUACUGCUGUUUCCUCCUUGACUGAACUACAUCUCGAUGAGUGUGGUCUGACAAAAAGUGACAUUAAGCCACUUUUCUCUCUCAUGUCAGCAGCAGGCAGCGUAAAGACACUUGCCCUGAAAGAAAACAAAUUACAGGGUUUGCACCCAGAAGGAAUUACUGCUGUUUCCUCCUUGACUGAACUACAUCUCGAUGAGUGUGGUCUGACUAAAAGUGACAUUAGGCCACUUUUCUCUCUACUUGCAGCAGCAGGCAGCAUAGAGACACUCGACCUGCAGGGAAACAAUUUACACGGUUUGCAGCCCGAAGGAAUUACUGCUGUUUCCUCCUUGACUGAACUACAUCUCGAUGACUGUGGUCUGACAAAUAGUGACAUUAAGCCACUUUUCUCUCUACUUGCAGCAGCAGGCAGCAUAAAGACACUUGCCCUGAAAGGAAUCAACCUACACGGUUUACAUCCAGAAGAGAUCACUGUUGUUCCUACCCUGUCAAAACUACAUCUCCAUGGGUGUGGUCUGGAAAACAUUGAUAUUGGACCACUUUUCUCUAUCAUGUCAGCAGCAGGCAGCGUGGAGACGCUUGUUUUGGAAGGAAGGAAUUUACACAGUUUGCAGUCUGGAAAGAUCUCUGCUGUUCCCUGCCUUUCUCAACUUCAUCUCUAUGAGUGUGAUCUGACAAACAGUGACAUCCUGCCACUUUUUCAACUCAUAUCAGCAGCAGGCAGCGUGCAGAAACUUAUCCUGAACGGAAACAAUCUACAAGGCUUGCAGCCGAAAGAGAUCACUGCUGUUCCUUUCUUGGUUGAACUACAUCUCUAUGACUGUGGUCUGACGAAAAUCGACAUUCAGCCAGUUUUCUCUCUCCUGUCAGCAGCAGGCAGCCAGCAGGCAGCAUACGGACACUUGUUCUUCAAGGAGACAAUUUACACGGUCGACAUCCGGCGCAGAUCGCUGCUGUUUCCUCCCUAUCUGAACUUCAUCUCUAUGAGUGCAGCAUAA